CAUUGAUUUUGCUUAUCAGCUGAGUUGACGUUCAAUUUUUAUGAAAAUAUUAAUCGAUUCACGUAGAGUGAAUAUUUGGAAAAACGUGAAGAUUUUGUGAUUUGUCGUCCUGUUUUUAGUGAUAGAUCUGAAAUUGCCGCAGUUUCAAAGUUUUGCAGUUAAAUAUUAAUAAAAAUGUUUCGUGUGUCGAAUUUCGAUAAGAGUUUGGAAAGUGCCACCAGUCACUUGAUUCUGGAACCGGACUGGCAGUCGAUAAUGGUAAUUUGUGAUGCCAUUCGUCAGGGUGACGUCACGGCCAAACAUGCCAUUCAGCAACUGAAGAAAAAAAUGUUUUCGAAUAAUCCACAUACGGCCCACUACGCACUGUUGGUGCUGGAGAGUGUCGUGAAAAAUUGUGGAGCACCGAUACACGAUGAAAUAUCUAACAAGGCCAAUUGCGAAAUGUUUCAGAAUCUGGUGAAUAAUACGCAGCACGAUGAGGUUCGCACUAAAAUGCUGGAGCUUAUCCAGGCGUGGGCUUUCGCGUUUCGUUCCAUUUUCAAGUAUCGCUCUAUACGGGACACAAUGAAUAUACUGAAAAGCGAAGGUCACAAAUUUCCGGAGUUAAAGGAAGCGGAUGCGAUGUUUACUUCGGAGAAUGCACCGGAUUGGGCCGACGGAGAAGUAUGUCAUCGCUGCCGAGUGCAGUUUACUUUCACCCAGAGGAAGCACCACUGCCGUCAUUGCGGUCAAGUAUUCUGUCAGCAAUGCUCGGCUAAGACUAGUACUUUGCCUAAAUUCGGCAUUGAGAAAGAGGUACGAGUUUGUGACGGUUGUCAUGCCCAUCUGCAACGUCCAACAACGGCCACGUUGACAAAGAAACCGACCGAGGAAGAAGACUUACCGGCCGAGUAUUUGAGCAGCUCUUUAGCACAACAAGCGCAAGCUCCACCUCGCAAGACUGACGAAGAACUACGCGAGGAAGAAGAGUUGCAACUAGCGCUAGCUCUGAGUCAAUCAGAAGCGGAAACAAAGAAAGCGGCUUCAGUGGCAACCAACAGGAGGUCGUUUCAUAAGUCGCCUAGUCCUGAACCAAUUCGAGUGCAGCGUAGUCCCAGCCCCGUUGAAGAGAUAACUUCUGAUCCGGAAUUAGCACGCUACUUGAAUCGAAACUACUGGGAACAGCGUCAGAUGGCUGAUUCUCCGGCUUCUCCGUCAGCUCCGAGUCCUAUGCCAAGCCCAAUGCCAUUGUCUAAUAGUCUACUGUUGGCUAAGGUUGGCCAGGGUGAUGAUGCGGAACUUAAUGAAUUUACGCACUCGAUGAAAACACAGGUGGAAAUUUUUGUUAAUCGCAUGAAAUCUAAUUCUAGCCGAGGCCGUAGCAUUUCGACGGAUAGUUCAGUUCAAACGUUGUUUAUGAAUUUAACUUCUCUUCAUUCGCGUUUGCUGACGUUUAUCAAAGAUAUGGACGAUAAACGUAUGUGGUAUGAACAUCUGCAGGAUAAGUUGACACAAAUCAAGGAUUCUCGCGCUGCACUAGAUGUUUUGCGACUGGAACAUCAAGAGAAGCUGCGGCGUCUCGCGGAGGAACAAGAGCGCCAGAAACAACUGCAAAUGGCGCAAAAAUUAGAAAUUAUGCGUAAGAAAAAACAAGAAUAUUUGCAAUAUCAGAGGCAACUAGCUUUGCAGAGAAUUCAAGAACAAGAAAGAGAAAUGCAGAUGCGCCAAGAACAGCAAAAAGCACAAUAUCGUAUGGGAACUGCGUUUCCGUUCAUGGGACCCACAACCACUGGUCAACCGCAAAGUUCCCCAGUACAUGUGGGUGUGGCAGGUUAUCCUGGAUAUGGCUAUCAGCAAAUGCCAAACAGUGGAACGCUUCCCCAUUAUGGUGCCCCGCAAGGAAUUGCACAGCAAAUGGGACCGCAAUUAUUUUCUCCACAGCACGGUCCUCAAGCCGGCAUACCAGGUCAAUACAUGGGCUCCGGAAUACCGCAAGGACCUUCGGGUCCUGAAACCGGACAUAAUCCAGCACAACAACAAACAACCGGUCCAUCUGGGCCUCCUCCGCAGCAACACGGGCCACCCGGGGCGAUGAUGCCUCCACCUGGGAUAAACAUGAUGCCAGGGCAAGUUCCUCAGCCGGGAGUCAUGCCAAUGGCAGGACCUCCAAUGAUGGCCGCUCCUCCCAGUGUGGCGCAACCACAACAAACUGUACCAAUAAAUCCGGCUGCUCCGUUAGCACCGCCACCGCUACAAGUCGGUGGAGAUGCUCAACAGCAACCGAUACCGCCGCAACAACCGCAACCACAGCCAGUUGUUCAAGCUGCACCGGCUCCACCAGCAGCUCCGGAAGUAGCCCCAACGAAAUUGGAGCCUGCUACAGCUGAGUUGAUAAGUUUUGAUUAAAUACAACGGCUGUUGGUUUCGAAAUGAACUGGGCUGUAUUUAAAAAAUCGAUUCCGUUGUGGAGCUCGAUUGUGUUGUAUUCCACACUACCGAUUAUUGUUUAGAGGAUUAUACAUACUAUGGUUUCUUAAUCAGAUGCGCAAUACAAUACCUGUAAUCUUAUAUUCAGUAUAAUGCAUGUCUAUGACUAAAUUUUCCUUUAAUGUUUUGUUCGUUUGUUAUAGCAACCUAUCUCUCAUUUGAUGAAAUACUACGGACUAUUUUUAUUAUUUUAUUUUAAUGCCUGUGUAUUUCUAUUCUCUAUACUGCCACGCAUAGCAUGUCAGUCCCACCUGCAUUUUCAGUAAGCCGAGAAAAACGCGUUUUAUAUGAUUUUAUAACAUUGCUUCUUACGAGAUGGGACAAUAUGUUAGGAUGUUUUCCAGCAGUUUUUCAGAACAAAGUUGUUUAGCUCAUCCAUUGUUACGAAACUAUGCAUUGCUAGCUACCUUUUAGGCGUAAUAAUUCAAUUUUACUGAAAAUGCAAAUGGGACUGACUUACUAUGCGCGGCAGUAUAGUUCACUAAAAAGGUAAUAUGUAUAAAACAAUAAAUUUCAAUAAAAUAUUCA